AUGUACGCAUCCGUUCUUUCCCUCGCUCUCUCCCUUGCACCUGCCGUGGUCGCAGCAACUCCUUCCAACUACGGCGGAUGGAACGUCACUAUCGAGGACAACAAUUUCGAAUACGGCUACCGUUCCACCAACAUCGAUGCUCUAUACAUCGACGCCAGCACUGCCAGUGGUGAGCCCGUCGCCGCUGGCUGCAAGACCAUCAAGAGGCCUGGUGCGGCUCCAGCUGAUACUGGAUGCUCGCCCGCCAGCUUUAACUACACCUUGGACGGUGACGCCGGUGUUGCCGGGUCAUACUCCCUCGCGCUCGAGCAGACCGUGACGUUUAAUGGCACAGGGAUCACUGUGUAUGGUGCUAAGCUCAUCGAGAUUCAGUGCACUCCUCAUCCCGAAGAAGACCUGCCGUACACGCAGUGCAAGGGCACGGCUAUCGUUAGGGUGGACAAGGCUGGAGAUCAGAUUAUCGAGUAG